ACAACACUGUUUCUGGGUUCUAAAGGGGUUUCGAGUGAAGAUGAAGGAGAUGCAGGCAAUAGAGACGUCACAGCCGACGGUGGCUCCUCCGGCGGUGCACAGCCGACAGCUAGGAGCUCAGCUGUCGGGAAGCAUGAGUUUUAGCAGCCAAAUGACGAAGGAAGACGAAGAGAUGUCGAGGACGGCUUUGUCUGCUUUCAGGGCGAAAGAAGAGGAGAUCGAGAAGAAUAAGAUGGAGAUUAGGGAAAGGGUUCAAGCUCAGCUUGGUCGUGUCGAAGAGGAGACUAAGCGUCUCGCUUUGAUCCGUGAGGAACUUGAAGGUUUAGCUGACCCCAUGAGGAAAGAAGUUGCUUUGGUCAGGAAGAAGAUUGAUUCUGUCAACAAAGAGUUAAAGCCUUUGGGUCAUACUGUUCAGAAAAAGGAACGAGAGUACAAAGAAGCUCUUGAAGCAUUCAACGAAAAGAACAGGGAGAAGGUGCAGCUAAUCACCAAGCUUAUGGAGCUUAGUCAACUAAUUCUAAAAUCCUUUUUUUUAUUAUCGAAUAUAGUAAUUGGAGCUCGUGUUUGAAUAAUUGGUUCAAGUGUUUUAGUUGUUCGUAUCUUCUUCUCUGGUUAUGGUUCUAUGUUUGUCUAAAUAUAUCUGCGAGUCUUGAGCUUAGUUAGUGGU